AUGGAUUCAAUGCAAUCGAUUGAUAUAACUGAAGAAGAAAGUCAGACCGAAGGAAAGUUAUUAAAGAAAAUUGACUGGAAAAUUGUUCCUCUUAUAACCUUUCUUUAUAUGAUAAGUUAUCUAGAUAGUAUCGGAAAUGCAAAGCUAGAACGUUUGGAAAGCGAUCUUGGACUAAUAGACAAUCAAUAUAAUUGGUGGACAUAUACUUUUCGAAUUGCCAUCAAAUUUGAUAGCGUUUUUGAGGCAGGCCUAAUUCCUGGAACGAUAUAUUAUAUUUCAAUUUGGUAUAAACGAUCAGAACAAAAUAUUAGGAUGGGCGCAGUUCUUUCGGGUCCUACAUUUGCUGGUGCGUUAAGUGGAUUAUUAUCGUAUGCAAUUAUUAGUGUAUUAGAUAGUAAGGCUGGGCUGAGUGGUUGGCAAUGGAUAUUUUUAGUGUGUGGUCUAGUUACAAUUAUAGUAUCUAUUGUUGCAUUUUUUUUAAUUUCUGAUUCUGUGGAAGACGCCAAAUGGCUUAACAAAGAAGAUCGAAACCGUGUUAGUUCAAGAGUUGGACAUGACGAAUUAUUGUAUACUCUUUCUCAAUCUUCUGAGACAUCCGAUUCAAUAAGUAAAACACUUAUAUUAGAAUGUCUAAAAGAUUGGCGUAAUGUUGUUAUCUCGUUGAUGGUCGGCUCUGGUAGUAUUGGCGGUAUAAUCGCCACUCAAAUUUAUCGUUCAGUGGAUUAUCCCAAUUAUACUCUUGGGCACAUUAUUUCUUCAAUUUGUUUAUUUUUGGCUGUUUGUUUGAGCAUAACACAAUAUACAAUAUUAAAAUUGAAAAACAAGAACAUGAAAGAAAAAAGACGUAAAAUUAGAAGAGCUGUAUCGUGGAACAUUGACUGA